AUGGAAAAAACACUUCACGAAACUCGGGAAGCCGCUGUUGAGAAUCGGGUUAAUAAAUGUGAUAUCUUAACUACCGGAAUACGUGCAGUUACUGAAGCAGUGGCGACUGAAUUUCCAUCUUCGAAGCGGAUGCUUGAUGAGUCUCAUUCUCCGGAUAAUGAUGAAACGUUGAUGAAAAUACAACUAUUUAUGUCACAGUCUUCUCCUGUCGAAUCUGAAGAAAUUAAAAAUAAAAACACAGGGGAUCUUAUUGGAUUCUUAAAAAAACGAGUCUUACAUUUGAAUGAAAGACAUUUCAAAAUUUUAUGCGAUCGGGAAAUCACUGGUUGUGAUUUUGUCAAAAUGAACAAAGAAGAUUUCAGGGAAUGCGGUUUUGAAACAGGGCCGGCAAUGAGACUUGCAGAUGCUGCUAGUUGGAGUACCAUAUUUAUUUUCCAUUCUCAACUCUUAUGCGUAGAAUCUUCAGUAGCUAAUAUUAAACCUGACCGGGAAGAACUCCAUGAAGAACUCCAUGAAGAACUCCUUAGAGAACUUCGCAAGGGACUCCGUGAAGAAUUUCGUAAUCUCUGUGGUAUUCUCUGUAAAAAUCUUAGAAAUGAUUAA